UAUUUAAGUUUUUAACAUUUUCUUCUUCUUUUACUAUCAUUUAUUGAAAAAAAUAAACAAAUCUAUAUCCUUAUUUAAUAUUCACAGAUUUUUGUUUCCUCUCUUUGUUAUUAGGUGUUUGAUCAUUGUGAUCAUCGUCUCUUCUUCUUCACAUACUCAUAAAUACCCUUUUCUCAGAAGAUAAGAGUAUUUUGAUUCUGUUGUGUCUGUGACUGUUGUCUUUUGUAAUAACGAGCCAUGUCGGAAACUCAGAACUCGGUUCCAUCUUCCGACAAAAUUGAAGAGACCUUGACGAAGAUGAAAGUGAAUGCAGAGAACAUGGAUGAACCAAGUCUGUAUCCUGAUCGUCCUGGUGAGAGAGAUUGCCACUACUUUCGGAGAACUGGCAAGUGUGGUUACGGAAGCAGCUGCCGUUACAAUCAUCCUGUUACUCAUGUUCCAGAGGCUGUGUUUUAUCAUAGAGAUGAACUGCCUGAGAGGAUUGGUCAGCCAGACUGUGAGUAUUAUCUGAAGACAGGGGCCUGUAAGUAUGGCGCAACAUGUAAAUAUCACCACCCAAAGGACAGGAAUGGAGCUGGACCCGUGCUGUUUAACGCCCUCGGUUACCCUAUGCGACAGGGUGAGAAGUCAUGUCCUUAUUACAUGCAGAAAGGAAUAUGUAGGUUCGGUGUUGCCUGCAAAUUCCAUCAUCCUCAGACUCCUAAUGGAAACCAUACUAUAUAUGGAAUGUCCACCUUUACUUAUACAGGUGGCUUGCCUGGGAUGUCUUUGCCUCCUGCAACAUAUGGAACUAUGGAACGUCCUCAAGUUCCUCACCCUCAGACCUAUGUGCCCUUUAUGGUUGCAUCUCCUCAAGGCUGGUCUACUUACAUGGGUGGAACUAACCCUAUUUAUGAUGUGAAAACUGAGCUUGACUCCAGUUCUGAAAGAGCUGAAUGUAGGUUUUUUAUGAAAACUGGGGCCUGUAAAUAUGGAGAUAGUUGCAAAUACAGUCAUCCAAAAGAAAGGAUGUUAUCAUCAUUACCAAAUCUCUUGAACCCUGCGGUUCUCCCAGCUAGACCAGGACAACCAGCAUGUGGCAACUUCAAGGCCUAUGGGUUCUGCAAGUAUGGAGCAAGUUGCAAGUUUGACCACCCAGUGCCUGUGAACCCGUACAACAACACAGGCUUGACCAUGCCUUCUUCUCCCCCUACUGCUUAUACUCGACCGGUUUCAACUCCAGUGUUGAUCACAUUCCCGCCAAGCCGCUCUGAUUCAACUACUGUAUGUGAUAAACCUGCUGCAGAGAAUCAGAGCUCAGAGGUUGAGAAACAAGACGAUAGUUCGGGUUCAACCACAUUGUCCAAUGAUGCAAACAAUCCAAAUUUAGAGGCUAAGAAAGAGGAGGAUGAUCCUUCACCAGCUGACAACUCAGGAAAGCAGGACUCAUCUGAUAACGCUGCUGCAUGAUCAUGAUCCGAGUUUCUAACCACUCUAAUCAUCUCUCUGCCCUUUUUGUUAAAUUUUUUGGAAGAAGGGCUUGGACAUUUUCUAUCUUUUUUUUUUCUUUCUGGAUUUUUUGAGACUGCCAUGGCUGAAACAAAUAGGAAUUGAACAGUUUUUUUUUUUUUUGGAUCGGUUGAUCAAAUUUGACCUCAAUUUGCAAUUUUCAUGAUGAUCAACCAAUCAGGC